CAUUUCCUUUUGAUUCUUCCUUGGAAUGUCUAUCUCCCUGUUUAUAUUACCUGUCUUUGCAUGUUGUCCACUUUUCCAUUAGAGCUCUAGCAUAUUAACGAUAGUUGCUUCAAACUUUUUGUCUGAUAAUUCUAGCAUCUCUGCCAUAUCUGGGUUGGGUUCUCUGCUUGCUUGGUCUCUUCAAGUCUGUUUGUUAUUUUAGUAUGCUUUGGGAUUUUUUGAAAGCCAGACACAGUGUAAUGGGUAAAGGGACUGGAGAUAAAUAUGCCCUUGUGUGAGGUUUUAUGUUUACCUAGCUAGGAGUUAGGCUGUGUUUACUGUUGGCUAUAUCAGUAGGUAUCAGAGCUUAAAUUUCCUCUGGUGUCCUUGUUUUUGUCUCUUCUUUGUGUCUGAGUUUCCCUAAGGAUUUCUUAAGUUAGGUCUGAAAAGUGCAGUUCUUUAGUUUUAUGCCCGGGUUAUUAUACAGGAGCCCUGUUGAUGUUAUUAGAAAUGAUCUGAACCUGGCUGGCUCAGUUGGUGGAGCGUACGACUUUUGAUCUCAGAGUUACAGGUUCGAGCCCUAUGUUGGAUGUAGAGAUGACUUAAAACUAAAAUCUUUAAAAAAAAAAAAAGGGGGAUCUCUUUGUGGUUCUGUGAUUAGGUCUCAGUCUUUAAGUGAACCUGUACCCCUGGCCUGUGACCUUCACACGUGUUGUUUGGUUUUGGGUUUUGGUCCUCUUUUAAGUGAAACAGGAAGGUGGAGAAGACUGGAAUUGGACAUUUUCUUUCCCCUAGGUCUGAUAGGUUUCGGUGAAUCUCAGUAAGCUAGGCUCUGGUAAGAGCAAUUUCCCUUGAGGACAGGCCUCGUUAAGAAAAGAAUGCUCUCGCUGUAUCUCAGAGUGGCUCCUCUUCCGCUUUCCCUGCAUGAAGCCUAAGGGGUUUUGUUCUCUGAUCUUCACUGUGAGAACCUGGCAGAUAAAACUAACAGAAGUACGCGGAUCCCCUAAGAGUGGGACCUCCCUACGUUCUGUUAAUUUGUACUUGUCCGGAUUGAACCUUUAGUGACUCAUCACUUACACUUUGAUUUUUCCCGCCCUGGUUUCUGCCCCACGCAUCUGCUCCAGUAAGCUGUGAUUUUUUCUGUUUGCCUGUUCCUCUGAUUGUUUGGGCAGUGUUUUAUCCUGUGACUUCAGUUCUCUCAUGGAUCUAAAAAGAGUUGUUUUUCAAUUUGUUUAGCUUUUUUAUUGUAAGGACAGUAGUGACCGCUUCCAAACUCCUUACAUGCCAGACUGGAAAAUGAAAGUUUGUUGCUUUCAUUUUUGAAAGAUAUUUUUGGUAGAUUAAGAGAAUACCUGGUGACACCUUUUUUCCCCUUUCUUUCAGUGUUUUAAAGAUGUAAUUCCAUUGUCCUCCAGCUUAUAGCGGAAAUCACUUAUUCUACCUUUGUUUAUCUAUACAUAACGUGCUUUUUUUUCAUGUUUAUAAACCAUUUAUUCAUUUCAUUACAGUGGGCAAGUUCCCCGCUGAAUGCACAGAUAGAAGUGAGGUACCCCUGGCUUAAUGCAGGAGCAAGCGGCUUACAUGGGACUGACUGGGCAUCAGGCAAGGAGGAAACACCAAGGUUUCGGAGUCAGACCCGGCCCAGAGCCAAGGGCUCAUGGCCCGACACUGACCGCUGCUUCCUUCUUACAGCUGGGCACCCUGCAGGGCGUGUCUUCAACAUUACAUCAUUUCAGCGAUGUCAUGGGAACAGUUACUUUUUUUUUUUUUUUAAAGAUUUUGUUCAUUUACUUUACAGAGAGCGAGUGAGCACAAGUAGGCAGAGCGGCAGGCAGAGGGGGGAAGGAGAAGCAGGCUCCCCGCCCAGCAGAGAGCCUGACAAUGGGGCUCGAUCCAGGACUCCGGGAUCAUGAUCCUAGCCAAAGGCAGAUGUGUAACCAGCCAAGCCACUGUUCCCCAACGGAAUAGUUAUUAAACUGAGCCCGUGUCCUGGUGCACAUGAACUGUCGUUGCUUUGUAAGUCACGUGCCAGCAUGUGAGCAAGAAUUUUAGAAUCCUCCGGUAACCGUGCGCAGGAGUCGUAAUACCUCUGUAUUUCUCCCUUAGUGCCCCUUGCCUGUUUCCAUUCCUACUUGAAUUCCCAUCUGUAAGCCACCUACCGUAAUGAUGAAAGUCUCAGAUACACAACAAGUCUUUCAGAUGACAAAGGGGUUUCCAAAGCAGCAUCCUGUGCGGUCUGUGACAUUGAAGAAAGUGUCUCAUGUUAGCGAUCUUCUGUGAAAAGAGUCAUCCACCCCUGCCAAUGCCUAAUGGAAAGCAUAAUUUGGAAGGCAGAUUUAGGAAGUAGAAUAUGGAUAAAAAUAGGAAACACUUUAACUGUCUUCCGUCUCUGUGCCUUUCACAGAACUUCCAGCAGUGCUGUGCUGGGACAGAGCGUCUGGAGGGUCACAGCCUCUGUAGUCUGUGGGAGACACUGUGAGGUGGGGCCAAGGAAGAAUUUGCCAUUUUCAGUGGAAAACAUGUGGUUACUAAUUAUGAUGACUUUGUACUUUGGAUCUGGUUUUGUUGCACCUUUUUUUAUAGUAAGAUAUGAACUGCUUAAGAAAUAAGGGUGUUUUAAUUAAUCCAUUAAACGGAUGUGAAAGGAGCAUUUUAAGAGGUGCGGUCUCUUUGAAAAAUUGAUCAAACUCUUGAAUUCAAUAUACUCAAUAUAUUUGUAAAUAAACUUAUAGCAUAAAAAAAAAAAAAACAGGAAACAAACUCCAGAAAGCUAUUGUCUGUGUGGACUGGGCCAGUUAAAGACCAGUUCACAGGUGGCCUCAGUUGAAGGCUGCAGAAUUGUUUGCAUAAUUACUGGAAACCUACCAGAGUCCACAGCUGACAGUCUGCAAACUGCUGGGUAGAACUCAGUCUCUAUGCCUGAGAUGGUCAGAGUCUAGCUUAAACCUGAUGCUAAUCCUCGCGGUUGGGGGUGCUGAAGGAGAAGGGGCCUCUCUUCCCGGUUCUUUGUGUUCUGCUUAUUUCUGCUCUAUGGCACAGGCUGGCACAUAGGACACAUGGGAGCUCACUCCAGUAAGUUUCUGCGGCACCUUUUCAGGCAGUUUCCUGGCUGCAAAUUCAGCAGCACCCCUGUGGUGCCAGCCCUGAUAUCCUCUGUGUGUCUGGAAGGGGCAGGCACUGCCAGGCAAGUGCCAUGGGACCCCGGCUGGCCUCCUGGCAACUUUCCGGUGAGCUCAUCAGCAUCUCCGCACACAGCUUCCCAGCUCAUUUUGUUGGCACCCACUUAGGUGGUUGUCAGCCUCCAGCUUUGGCAGGGGGCAGCCCAGUGAGCUUUUCACCGUCCAGUGGGCUGUGACCACCCACCUCCCAGGUGUGAAUCCUUCCCUUGGGUACCUCCCUUCACCCUACUGUAUUCUGUAACGUUCUCUUUUGUUUCCUUUCAGUUAACUCCUUAUAAAUAGUGACUAAUUCUUUAUACUAAACUUCCCUUAUUUAAAAUACCAUGUGGUUUCUGUCUCCUGGCUGGGCUCCAACUGAUACACCUGGCCAUUUCCUUAUUGAAUACUGGACAGUGUGAAUUUAUGUUGUUGGUUGCUGGGUUUUGUUGUAUUUCUUCAAAUAGUGUUAAUCUUGGUCUGGCACAUGGUUAAGUUCCUUGGCAUGAGUUGAUCCUUUAGAGGCUUGCUUCUGAGGAGUGUUAGAGUGGGUCCAGAGCUGCCUUUGGUCUGCAGCUAAUUUAGCCCAAUGGUUAGGGGGAUGCCCUUCUGAGGAUUCUACCUCAUACGCAGUGAAUUAGGAGGCUUUUCCAUGGUGGCUUGUGGGAACACAAAAAUAGUGCCAUCCCUGUGUGAGCUCUGGGGAUCGUUCUGUCUGCUCCUUUCCAGGGAUUCCUGCCCUGGGCUCCUCGUGUAGUUUCUCUCACACAGUUCGGAUUCCGCCUCAGCUGAAGUCUGAAGGGGACCCUCUGCUCUGUCCACUGUGCAGCCCCUCCUCCCCAGCACUCUGCCCCACACCUUCUAGCUGCCUCCUUGCCCUCCUGUCUCUUCCACUGAGGGAGACUGCCAGCUGUGUCUGAGUUUCCCUUCCUGGCACCGUAGCCCCAAACCACCUUGGCCGUGGCUGGUGCGGUCACAGGGCUGCAGCUGUUGGUGUCCCUUCUCGCUGGGAUCUCCGCUGUCUGGUGACUGGAGAUGCAUCACAUCGUCUCUUGUCCAGUUUUCCUGAGUUCAGGGGCCCUGGUACUCUAUCUUGAAUGAGUAUGUAACCAAACAGAUGAAACAGCCUGUCAGGAACUUGGUGAAAUUCAGAACAGGUGGGGCUCCCUGGCUAAGCCGACGACACUGUUAACACUCCCUUUUGUUCUUUUA